AAAGGUAUUGGUGACUUAUCUGUUUAUCGGUACAAUGAAUCUCGGGCGAUCGAGUGGUUGUCGAAUAGAGUAUCUGCUGUUUAUAAGGCUUCCUUCAACUGCAAGGAUCCUGUUUUAAUUUCUCAGCUUCGAUUAAUUGCUUCUAAUUCGUCUUCUAAUUAUACUGAUGAGGCAAAUGAUGAUUCAAGAGUUCCGGAAUUUACCUCGAGCUCUAAAGAAGCUCAAAUGUUAUCAACCAACCAAUUGUCACAUGAAGCAUGUUUAAAUUUAGCCUAUCAGUUAGUGGUUGAUUAUCUUCCACCAGAUUUAUGGAACAAACUCCGAGAAAAGAUUGGAUUAAAAACUAACACUGUUGAAGUCAAUUUAUCAGAGAACGGUUCUGCUGUAAUCAUCUCUGAAAAUAUAGACCCCCUUCUUGAUAACCGAUCCUUGGAGAAGUCGUUUGAUGUUAGUUGAUUUUUUUAAACGAUUAUUUUGUUACGCCUGCACGUAAACACGUCAACUUGAUAUACUUGAACUAUUACGAGUUUACCUAGUCGGAAAACGAGAGCGAGGAUCGAGGAUCCGGUGACAUGACAUGCUACUCAAAUCCAAUUAUCCCAACCCCCAUAUUUAGUAAAAAUAAGAAGACUUGAUAUGAAGUAGAACAUGUAUU